GGAGGGGCCGGCCGGGAUCUGGGCUCUUCCUCCGAGAGCCCCGCGGGUCCUGCCGGCCGUCGGGCGUCAGUGUGCAGCGAUGCCGAAGGUGGUGCUGGUCACCGGGGCGAGCAGCGGCGUCGGCCGAGCGCUCUGCCAGCGGCUGCUGCGGGAGGAAGACCAGCUGCACCUCUGCUUGGCAUGCAGGAACCCCGGCCGCGCCGAGGCGCUCCGCGCCGAGCUGGUGGCCGCCCGGCCCUCCGCCCAGGUGAGCACCGUGCAGGUGGACGUCUCCGACCUGCGCUCGGUGCUGCGGGCCGCCGGGGAGCUCAGGCGCAGGUUCCGCAGGCUCGACUACGUGUACCUGAACGCCGGGAUCAUGCCCAGCCCGCACCUUAACGUCAAGGCGCUAGUCUCCAGCCUCUUCUCAAGGAACGUGAUUCAUGUGUUCUCCACGGCCGAGGGACUGCUGACCCAGGAGGACAGGGUCACGGCCGACGGGCUGCAGGAGGUCUUUGCCACCAACGUCUUCGGCCACUUUCUCCUGAUCCGGGAGCUGGAGCCGCUCCUCAGCGCCGGCGACAGCCCGCGCCAGCUCAUCUGGACGUCGUCCCGCAACGCCUGCAAGGCCAACUUCCGCCUGGAGGACGUGCAGCACCGCAGGGGCCGGGAGCCCUACAGCUCCUCCAAGUACGCGGUGGACCUGCUGAGCGUGGCCCUGAACCGGCACGGCAAUGGGCAGGGCCUCUUCUCCAGCGUGGUGUGCCCGGGGACCAUGCUGACCAACCUGACCUACGGGAUCCUGCCACCCUUCGUGUGGACCCUGCUGAUGCCCUUCAUAUGGCUGAUGCGCUUCUUCACCAACGCCUUCACCCUGACGCCGCACAACGGAGCCGAGGCCCUGGUGUGGCUCUUCCACCAGAAGCCCGAGUCCCUCAACCCUCUGACCAAGUACCUGAGCGCCACCACGGGCCUCGGGAGCAAUUACGUAACGACCGAGAAGAUGGACCUGGACGAGAACACGGCCGAGCAGCUGUACCGGCACCUGCUGGAGCUGGAGCGGCACGUCCGGGCCACCGUCCAGAGCGCGGACUAGCGGGGCGGCGGGCGGCCACGGGACAUGCCCGCCUCCGUCCUCCCUGGCGUGGGGGCUGCUGUCUCGCGGGGCGGUGCGGUCUGGGGUGAGCGGGGGGCCUCCCGCCGUCUCCCUCCCCUCCGAGGCCCCGGGCGCCCCUGCGCUCUGGUGAAGAGCUUCCUCGGGUGACAGGUGGUGGCUGCGCUGGUACCUGGGACGGGAUGGUGCCCCAUCACAGUCUGCGGUGACCCCGCAUUCACCUCCUCGUGGUGCGUAUCCUGCCAGCCGGAGCCCACGCCAAGCUCUGGGACACGGCGUGGCCUCCAGUGGCUGAGACGCAGGCCGGCCGGUCCUCCUGCUGGCCUGUCCCCGCGGGAGGUUCACGGCCACUCUCAGUGUUUCCUGGGAGUGUCUCCUCAGGUUUUUCACCUUCUUCUUCCUGCUGCUGCCUUUAACGACCCCCCUGCUCAGGGCCCUGCCCCCCCAGGGGCUGGCGCUCGGGCCCAGGGGCUCAGGGACAGGCGUGUGUUUGGGCCACUCCGGGGCUUCCUCCCUGAUCUGAAGAGCCUGUCACUGCUGACCUUGCAGCCGAGGUGGCCCGACCCCACGCCGUGCGCACUGGCUCGUUACUGACCAGCUGGCUUCCUCUUUCUGAUCCUGGCCCGAGGGGAUGUUUGUCACUGGUUUUCCAGAGACAGGAGGGGGUGGGGCGAGGGUGGGGAGAGAAAGGUCGAUGGGUUGCUGACCGGGACUGAACCCGCAGCCUCUUGGCGCCCAAGGCAAUGCUCCCCCCAGCGGAGCCGCCCGGCCGGCGGGGGCCUCACGCUCACGUUGCACUGGGCGUGAGCUCGCACGUGACCUGCUCACGUCGUCUCAGUGGAGUUUUCCACCGGUUGCUGCUUGCAGGCGGGCGGGUGGGGGCUGCCUGCUGGUGUCGGCCGAGGUCGGAGGUCGGCGCAGACUCCACCUUGGUGACAAGAAGAGAAUCCUGAAACGCUUCAGGUGUUCUGACCCCAAAUGUAACCCUUACCUGGGAUAGAGUACAGCGAGUGAAGUUUUGGAUGAGUCAAUAAAAGUGAAAAAUUAUGCAGAAAUAGAA